CCUGUGACGCGACAAGUCACAUGAUCAAAACACAGCGCAGGGAACUCUGCGGAGGGGCGCAAUGUUGAGAAUUGUGUAGCACAGCCGCUGGUUUUAUAAACGGCAAUUAACAGGUUAAGAAAUUGGGCUCUGAAUAAUAAAUGCACGAUAGCGGGAAAUACAACAAUGCUGUUAAAAACCGAAAGAACCCUGCACUUGAAGAGCUCCCGGGGAAAGACAGUUCGAGUCGUCCGGGAGCACUAUCUGAGAGAACACGUCCCUUGCUUUAGUUCUCUGUGUCAGGCUUCAUGUCACAACGAUGGCAAGCUUCUUCCAGGUAACGUGACCCAUUACAUCGUCCCGGACUGGAAGGUGCUGCAGGACUUCCUAGAGAUUCUGGAGUUUCCAUCGCUGAGGGGCGUCAUCUUCACGCAGACCGCCUGCCAAUCAGUCCAGCGCCAGAAAGGACGCAAGCAAUACAACCGUCUGCGUAGUUUGCUAAAGGAUGCUCGUCAUGAGUGCAUUCUGUUCUCAAAUGAAUUCCAGAGGUAUUCCUACUGCCCCCGGGAAAAAGGAGAGGCUAUGGAGAAGUGGCAGACUAGAUGCAUUUACUACGCUGCAGUGUGGUACUACCACCACCUAGCAGGACAGAAACCUUUGGUUGUAAUAACAGAAGACCAGGAUGCCAUUGAAAAAUACGGGAGUGAAAAUAAAGAUAUUUACGUCAUCUCUAUUAAGGACUACCUGGAGGGUUUCUGGCCAGACCUGAAGGCUGCCCACGAGCUGUACGAAUCGAUUGUCCAGUCUCUGCGGGAGAGGGAGAGCGAGAGUCAGGAGAAGGAGUACGCAGAGCACCUGCCUGUGGAGAUCCUGCAGGCAGGGAUCAAAUCCGGGCGAUACAUCCAGGGCACGCUCAAUGUAAACAAGUAUAGAGCACAAGUAGAAGCCUUUGUUCGCAUACAGGGAUCUGCAAACAAAAAUACAGAGCUGAGCAGCGACGUCCUGGUGUGCGGCGGGAAGCAGCGGAACCGCGCGCUGCACGGGGAUGUGGUGGCGGUGGAGCUGCUGCCACGGAGCGAGUGGAGGGGCAGGGCGACGGCGCUGAGCCAGAGCGAGGGCGAGGACAGGCUGGCAAAGGAGCUGCAGAGCCAGCCCAUGCCCACAGGUACGGUGGUGGGCAUUAUUCAGAGGAACUGGCGGGAUUACGUGGUAACCUUUCCCCCUAAAGAAGAGGUCCAGUCCCAGGGCAAGAAUUCCCAAAAGAUCUUGGUGACCCCCUGGGAUUAUCGGAUUCCCAAAAUUCGGAUUAGCACGCAGCAAGCCGAGGCGCUGCAGGACCACCGAGUGGUUGCACGCAUCGACUCGUGGGAGUCCACUUCGCUCUACCCGAACGGUCACUUCGUCAGAGUGCUGGGGAAAGCUGGCGACCUGGAGACAGAGAUGGCGGCCAUUCUCGUGGAAAACAACAUACAGGUCCCUCCGUUCUCUGAAGCCCAGAUGCGUGAGAUGCCUGUGAAUAACCCAGAGAGCCCGUGGAGGGUGGAGUCGGAGCAGGAGCCGGAGAGACUGGACCUGAGGGAGACGCACCUGGUCUUCAGCAUCGACCCCCAGGGCUGCGAGGAUGUGGACGACACACUGUCUGUGCGCAGGCUGGCCAACGGCAAUGUGGAGCUGGGCGUGCACAUCGCCGACGUCACGCACUUCGUCAAGCUAAACUCCUACACUGACCUGGAGGCCAGAGCCAGGGCUACCACGUACUAUUUAGCUGAUCGCCGGUAUGAUAUGCUGCCUCCCAUCCUGAGUGCUGACUUGUGCUCUCUUCUCGGCAGUGUGGAUAGGUAUGCCAUGAGUGUAAUGUGGGAGCUGGAUAAGAGCUCUUACGAGGUGAAGCGGGUCUGGUACGGCCGCACGAUUAUCCGCUCCUCCUACAAGCUGUUCUACGAGGCAGCCCAGGCUCUGUUGGAUGGGGACUGGAGCGUGGUGGAGCAGAUCCCUGAGCUGGCUGGGCUGGGCGGAGAGACGAGGCAGGAGAAACUGGACCAGCUGGUCUGGGCCAUUGGCAGCUUGGCGGACAUUGCGCGCCACUUGAGGGCCAAGCGGGACAGAGGAGGUGCGCUGGAGCUGGAGGGCGUGGAGGUGCGCGUUCAGCUGGACGCCCAGAAGAACAUCGCCGCCCUGGUGCCCAGGCAGCCCCUGGAGGUGCACGAGACCGUGGCAGAGUGCAUGAUCCUGGCCAAUCACUGGGUCGCCAAGAAGAUCUGGGAGCGUUUCCCUCACCAGGCCCUGCUCCGCCACCACCCAGAGUUCUUCACUGAGCUGGUGGAGUGCGCCAAGGCCAAGGGCUUCACCAUAGACACACGCUCUAACAAGUCCCUGGCAGACUCCCUGGACAGGGCUGUGGACCCUGCUGACCCGCUUGUCAAUAAGCUCCUGCGCUUCAUGGCUACACAGGCCAUGUCUAACGCCCUGUACUUCUCCACCGGAGCGUACCCUGAGGAGGAAUACUAUCACUACGGCCUGGCUCUCGAGCGGUACACUCACUUCACCUCCCCGAUCCGACGCUACGCCGACAUUGUGGUUCACAGACUGCUGAUGGCGGCCAUUCUGAGAGAUAAGGGGGCGGAGCUCCGGGAGACCCCAGCCAGUAACAAAGAGCUGGAGGAGCUGGCUCAGCAUAUCAACAGCAAGAACAAGGCUGCUCAGCAUGCACAGAAGCAGUCCACAGAACUGUUCCAGUGCAUGUACUUCAAAGAUAAGGACCCUGUAACAGACGAGCGCUGCAUUGCAGAUGCUGUGAUCUAUUCAAUACGGGCUAAUGGCUUGCUCGUUUUUGUUCCAAGGUAUGGGAUUAAAGGAGCUGUCUAUCUGAAGAACAAGGAGGGCCUGGUGGUGUGUGUGAAUCCUGAUGGAAGCUGCGAGUGGAAGCCCGGAACUCUCAAGAGAUUCCAGGACAGGAUCAGCUCGACCACAGCAGACGGGUCAGAGACCUUCCCCUUGUUCCAGCACAUCACUGUAAGAAUAUCCGUGCAGGCAUCUCGAUCCCAUUCGGAAAGCAUCAGAAUGGAAAUAAUUAGCAACAAACCUCACAAGGCGUCGGACCCACAGCUCCACUGCGACACUCCGCACCCUGCCAGAGCGGACCUGGUGAGGGAGGUGAUCCGCUCUGCGGAGGAGGCACAGCAGGCUGAAGAGCAGGCGAGCAGGGCUGCACUGGCAGGGGAGAACCAGGAGUACUGUCAGACUCAGGGAAAGAGCUUGUACUCCCUGCUGGAGGAGAUCAGAGAGCUGGCCCUGCUGCAUGUCUCAGCGGCUUCACUUACACCCUGACCUGGGGCUUCUGUGUCACUCUGCAUCAGGGCUCCCACUACAGGAGCUAUAUGGUUGUAGUGAUUGGAAAAAACUAAACCAAGUGUAGUGGUUAUCUACAUUAAACAAGUUAAGGUGGUGUCUGUGGCAGAAAGGUGUUGGUUUACAAGUAUGACGAUCAGAAAAUGUGAUGCUUUUAACGUUUUUUUCUUCUUUUUUUUUUGCAUAACCAACUGAACUCUCUCAUCUGUUUUUAUUUUUUAACCAUAUAUGCUGCUAUGACAAGAUAAAAAUGACAGAAUUUGUGUGUUUGAUUGCUGGAUCAACACUUUUUUUAAAUCUGUUCUACAUAAUGUAUUUAUCCAUUUUUUUCACAAUUGCUUACCUUUCUAUCAACCUUUGGGCAUUUAAGACAUUUUUUAAAUGGCGAUCUUCUUAACAAUACUGAUUAUUUGAAUAUGGACCUGUGAAGAACUUAAAGGUAAUUUGAGUUUUCUUUUUUUUUUUUCUGAAGAAACUAUCUGCUAUGCACUUCAGCUUUAAGUAAUUGUUGCUGCGUUGUUUCCACUUCAGUCCAGCUCAGAGUGGCUCUUUACUUCGUAGUGUAAUAUCUGAACUGUCCCUCACACAUAAUUUACAAACUGCAUCCCGGAGACUUGCAGAUAAAGACAAGCUCAAUAACCUAUCAUCUUGUAUCCCUUUUGUUACAAAGAUCUUUGGAGUUACUGAAUUCAAUUCUGAUUGCCCAAUUAGGGGCAGCAGUAAGGUAUGCAGCAGACCUUCCCUUACAUGCAGGUUUCAGUGCUGCUUUGCAAAACAGGUAGUAUAUAAUGCACUGACGUUAUUUAUUUUUUUAAUUAUUGUACAUACUGUUUUCUAUUGUUAAAAAUAAUUGCUUUAGUUCUCCAAAAGCUUUCUGAACUGUAUUUUUGGGAUAAAGUGUAAAAAAAAAAAGUUU